UCUGCCAUCAUCAUGACGAUCUUGCAUUCAUCAUCUCCCUCUCGGAACUGCGGUGGCAUAUGAGCAAAGAGACCGAUGCUUCACUUCCUUCUAAUCUUCUGCCAUCUCAUCAUGACGAUCUUGCAUUCAUCAUCUCCCUCUCGGAACUACAACUUACUGCCUUCACUUUUUGAGAAAAUUCAUGCCGAUAUCUCUCCUUUUCUUGCCUGCACUCAAACAUCCUCUUUGAAAUCAUUACCCAUUAUCGAUUUUUCUGCCGCCCAUCUCCUCGUUGGUUAUAAUAACCCCCUUCACGCGGCCUCUUCGACAGUACCACCCCGCGCCUCUGUUUACUGUUCUCCUCCUUUACCCUCUGUCUUCUUCCUUUAUUGUUUUCCCCUACUUUUACUUUUACUGUUGGAGUGAUCUAACAAGUGAGGAGAGAUGGGUGACAUGAGUGUCGUGGGAAAUGGGGUUCAUGAUCAGGAUUCGGCGUUUGGUGAAGGGGGGAGGAGGAGGAGUUGCUGGUAUGAAGAAGAGAUUGAGCAAGAUUUGCGUUGGAGUUUCGCGUUGAAUAGCAUCUUACACACCGGGUGCAGUCAGUACCAGGACAUUGUGCUUCUUGACACCAAGCCCUUUGGCAAGGCGUUGGUUAUCGAUGGUAAGCUUCAGAGCGCAGAGAUUGACGAGUUCAUCUAUCAUGAAUCACUUGUUCAUCCUGCCCUCCUUCAUCAUCCCAAUCCAAAGACGGUCUUCAUAAUGGGAGGUGGCGAAGGCUCAACGGCGAGAGAGACUUUCAGACACAAGUCCAUCCAAAGUGUCGUCAUGUGUGAUAUCGACGAGGAAGUGGUGGACUUCUGUAGAUCGCACCUGAUUGUCAACAAAGAAGCCUUCUGCGAUCCCAGACUUCGUCUUAUUAUCAGCGAUGCAAGAUUGGAGCUAGAAAGCAGAAACGAUCAGUUUGAUGUGAUCAUUGGAGACCUGGCUGAUCCAAUCGAAGGAGGACCCUGCUAUCAGUUGUACACGAAGUCGUUCUACGAGGGUACAGUGAGACCAAAACUGAAUCCCGGUGGAAUCUUCGUCACACAGGCUGGUCCAGCAGGAGCCUUGUCUCACACAGAGGUGUUCUCGUGCAUCUACAACACUCUUAGACAAGUCUUCAAAUAUGUUGUGCCUUAUUCUGCGCAUGUUCCUUCCUAUGCUGAUAUAUGGGGAUGGGUUAUGGCAUCGGACAGCCCAUUUACAGCUGAUGCAGGCGAGUUGGACAGAAGAAUCAAGCUGAGAAUGAAGGGUGAGAACAUGUAUCUGGAUGGAGAAACAUUCUCCGCAUCAUCCACUCUAAGCAAAGUUGUCCGCAAAUCGCUGGCAAAAGAAACGCAGGUAUACACAGAAGGAACGGCCAAAUUUAUCCAUGGGCAUGGAACCGUGCAGAAAGCUGCUUUACAGUCUUGAAAGGCCGACCGAUUGUUCUUGCUUCCUUUUUUUUGCCUUUUCCUUUUUCCUUUUGUUUGGUUUGUUGUUAAGAUGUCAAUGAAGACAGCGCGGUGGAUUUCUGCAUUACUUUAUAUAAAUCGAUGACCAGUCACUUUUAACAAGGAA